AUGUACCGGGUAGCAACUCAAGUGAAUCGGCGAAUGGUAAUCGGUGGUCCUGAAAUUCGCGAUUCCUACUGGCUAGCACAUCGGUCGUUCGUUCAUUUAGCACCAGUGUUUUUGUAAACCUUCCCAAGUCUUCCAGGAUCUUAUUGGCUGACGCUGAAACAAAAAAAUAACCACCCGGGAUCUCCAGGUAGUUACCCGGUAGCUACUUGCAUCGACCUUCCGACUCAGGUACCAAAGAGAUAGUGCCCGGUCGCAUACAAACGACCACCGAUUAGAAUACGCCGAUUGACUUUUAAAAAUUUGCUAUUCGGUAGCUAUUUGUAUCAACCACCCGAUUCACCUUUGACGGUGUAAUUUUCCUUCUGUUUCAGUUUCACGCAAAUUCAUUCAUCAUCAGAAUAGUCACGAGGUCUCUGAACUUUGAUAUUUUUCAAUCCUUGCCUUGGUAUCGAUAUCAGUCCUUUUGAUGUUAUCUUUUUUCAAAAAGCUCUCAAUUUUUAUUGUUUAAGUAGUUUAAUUUUUGGAGCACGACAGAAAUCUCGUUACUUUUGUUAUUUUUUUCGUUUGAUAGAAAAGUUAACAUGUCAGAUUGUUGGUGUAGUAGUAAAAGGCAUUGUCUAUCACAGACUCAGUGAUCAGAAUUCAAUUAAUUACCGCGUUUCAAAAUUAGCAGCACUGAUGUACUGAAUUGCGGCUAGACCGGUUUUUCUAAACUGGCGGUGGCGCCUGAACAAGCGUUCCAAAUACCUCCGUCGACAUUUGUUUCUCUCCGUUUUUUUUCCAUCUCUAGAAUUAUUCAUCGAUUCGCCAUUUUCAAUGUUUUUCCAAUUUUUUUUUCAAAGUUUUUCUUUGUAGGUUCGUCCUCGUCUCUGGGAGGUGUCCUUUGGAACUGCGGUUGGGGGCGGUCGGAAUGUCGGAAACGAUAUCAAGGCUUCUCACAAUCACCGUCGGUACCCUGUAUCCUGCCUACCGCAGUUAUAAGGUUUUUUCAUGAUUUCCAUUAUGUCAUUGAAGUUUUUUGUUUUUUUUUUUUGAGGGUAUAGCUGUGUUGAAAGUUAAUGAAAUGAUGGGAUAUUUUGGAUGAAUUUCAUUUGAAACUCUUAAUCAUUUUUCGCUUCGUUCGUAUGGCGCGCUAAAAGUUCUCUCAUUGGUGCCCUUUUUUCAAAUUUUGGAGCCCUUCCGAUAUUGAGAAAGUUAAGAGCAUUUAUUCAUCCAGAAAAAAAUUGCGACUGUUUUUUUUCUCAAUUUUUGUCAGUUUUUGAUGAAACUUAAAUUUCACAUUACUUUCUUUUAUAAACAGUUUCCAGGAGCUUCUCUGUGAGUUUUUUUCCACAUGUUUUUCUCAAAGGGUAGCACAAAAAUAUUUAGACGAUAGAAUGUUCGAUUUUCGAUGAGGCUUAGAAGGUUGCUCAAGCGCAGUGAUAAUUUCGGUUUUCAGGCGAUUCGAACCAAGGAUACCCGAGAGUACGUAAAAUGGAUGAUGUUCUGGAUUGUUUUUGCGCUGUAUUCGUUCCUCGAGAAUAUCCUCGACCUUUUACUCGCUUUUUGGUUCCCAUUCUAUUUCCAAUUGAAAAUCGUGUUUGUUGUUUGGUUGUUGAGCCCCUGGACUAAAGGCGCAUCGAUUCUUUAUCGAAAGGUUUAUUUUUGCAAGUAUUCAAAAAGUUAGGUAUUUUUUUUCAGUGGGUUCAUCCAAUGCUCACUCGGCAUGAGAGGGAUAUUGACGCGUUGUUAGACUCAGCCAAAUCGGAGAGUUAUAAUCAGGUUAGAUUUUUUGAAGCAAAAUUUAGAAAUUGAAUAAGUUUUAUUCGAAACACUUUUUUUUCAGUUGGUACGAAUUGGAAGCCGCAGUCUGGUUUACGCCAAGGAUAUUGUUGCCGAAGCGGCGAUCCGUGGUCAACAGCAACUUGUGAAUCAAAUUCAACGGUAAAAUCUUUUCAAAAUUUCAACAUUUUUCUGGCAAUUUUUUGAGCUUCACUUUGUAGCUUGACAUGUAUAAUUUUAGUUUUUUAGUUAAAAGAACUAUUAUCGAUUUUAUUGACUAUGGAAUAUUUAAAGUUUCAACUUUUUUUCGAAUGUGAUCCGAUAGAGAUUUCAAAUUUUGUGUUUAAACAUUUUUUAAAACCUUUUUAGCCCAUGUUCCACGCCAGCUUGUCACGAUAUUUAUUUUCCUCAGAGCAACUUUUCCUGGAAGCUCCCAUUUUUGUCUCUGUGCAUGCGCCUUUCUUCAAGCCUAAAGCUUCCGUUAUGGUCACUCAGGGGAAAAUAAAAAUCGUGACAAGCUGGUGUGGAAUGGCUAUAAAAGGACGUUUGCCGUCAAUAAUCUUCGAAAAACUGAUUUCAGUUCCUACAGCGCCAAUGACGUGAGCACAGACCGUGAGCCGCUGCGCAGCAAAAUGAACAUCGAAGAGAUUGUGGAGGAGGCCGACGAGAGCAUGCACAGCGACCACGAGCUCGUCAGCGACGAUGCGCCCAAGAAUCGCAGGACGACGCGAUCGCGUUCUCGUUCGCGGACCCUCGAAGGCGGCGAGAAUCCGUACCCGGCGACGAUGCCACGAAGGAAUCCGCGUCGCCAUUGA